AUGGCUGAAGUCUUCUUGCGGCCGAACGAGACGGAGGAGCAUUUCUAUGAGCGGUGCACAAACGCGAGCAUAUUUGACUGCUCGGAGGCGGAGAUGCUGUGGUGCAUGAUGGGUCCCCGGCGGCUGCCGCUUAGUCGUAUCGUACCGCUUUCCGCCGUGCUGCUGCUGAUCUUCCUGAGCGGCGUGGUGGGCAAUGCGGCCGUGUGUGUUGUCAUCGUGCGUCAUCCCGCCAUGCAUACAGACACCAACUACUACUUGUUCAGUCUCGCUCUCAGUGAUCUGCUUCUACUGCUAUUUGGUUUGCCCAACGACCUGUGGGUGUACUGGCACCAGUACCCCUACAGCUUCGGCGUCGUCUUCUGCAAGUUCCGCGCGCUCAUAUCUGAAGCGGCAUCUUACGUGUCGGUGCUGACGAUCGUGGCUUUUACCUUAGAGCGGUACUUGGCCAUAUGCCACCCGCUGCACAUCUACGCGGUGGCGGGGCUACGCCGUGCGCUGCGCAUCGUGGCCGCGCUGUGGGCUCUUUCAUUGUUUGCCGCCGCACCCUUCGCCUACUACACCACCGUCAACUACCACCAUUAUCCCCCCGGUUCAGGAAAUGCAUCGCUGGAGUCCGCCUUUUGCGCGAUGCUGGAGCUGCCGUCGUGGUACAUCUGCGAGCUGAGCAGCCUGUUCUUCUUUAUCUUACCGGGCAUCAUCAUCCUCUGCCUCUACGUCCGCAUGGGACUUCGCAUCAGGUAUGUCAUGGGAUCGACACAGCCUCCGAUGCCGGGCAGCCCGGGCACGCUGCAUGGCGUCAACGGCAGCGUGCACGGCGAGGCGCGCCAGGCGCAGUCUCGCAAGAACAUCAUCAGGAUGCUUGCUGCGGUGGUGAUAGCGUUCUACGUGUGCUGGGCGCCGUUUCAUUUCCAACGACUGUUCUUCAUCUACGGCACGGGCUCGCAGCACUACCACGCCAUCAACGAGAGCCUCUUCAACGUCGCCGGUGUUUUCUACUACAUCUCUGCUACCGUCAACCCCAUACUAUACAACAGCAUGAGCCGACGAUAUAAAGCGGCGUUCCGAGAGACCCUUUGCUGCAAGAAGGUGAAGAGGUCCACCAGCAGGUACUGCAGAGAUCACUCCAGCAUCUACGAGACGUCCGUCAAUCACACAUCAGAGGGAGGACACCUUGUGCGCGUGCGGUCCCACAGCCAUGAGCGCCGGCACCGGCUCGAGACCCGCGCGAGACGCAACAGCUGCUACGGCGCGGAGACCAGCCUCUACGAGAACAGAACAAGAAAUAACAGAAGAUACAACGCAGUUUAG